AUGAGAUUCACGGAGAGACUUUCUGCAGUUUUGACACCGGAGUGGCGCAGUCAGUACAUCAACUACGAGCAAUUGAAAGAAAUGCUCUUAAUAGCUGUUGACAAUGCGCCCACCGAUCAAUCAGAGUUACGUGCCAUACAGUCAUAUCAAGCAGUUUUCGAUGAUAAAUUCUUCGAUCGCUGCGACAUGGAACUGCAAAAGGUCAAUACAUUCUUUGCUGAAAAGUUAGCUGAAGCAAAGCGCAAGCACGUCGCCUUAAUAAGUGAAGUGAAGCGAUCGUUAAGUGAUGCUGAGCAACGCGGCCGUGUCUCAGUACCAGAUCUCUUAACGGUGCUAUCAAAGAAGAAGAAAAGAGAAUAUCGCUUCGCCUUUAGUGAAUUGUAUCUCAGCCUGGUGCUGUUGCAGAACUAUCAAUCGUUGAAUCACACAGGUUUUAGAAAGAUCUUAAAGAAGCACGAUAAGUUACUGCGCAAUAGCAAAGGCAAGGACUGGUUUCAUUCAAAUGUAGAUAACGCAUUCUUCUUCACCAAUCGUGAGAUAAUGAAUUUAAUACACGACACCGAGGAUGUAGUAACCAACUAUUUGGAGAAUGGUGAUCGGCAGCGUGCCAUGAAGCGUUUACGUGUACCACCGCUUGAGGAUGUACACCAUCCUUGGACCUCAUUCCGUGUUGGCCUUUAUUUGGGCGCUCUAGUGGUAUUGUUCUCAGCACUGGGUAUAUCACUUUAUAUGACGGAUUUGGAUGCGACAAAUUUGGAAGCCUGUAUUCGCCUCUUUCGUGCGCCCUACUCCAUAGCUAUUUACCUUGCUUUAAUUAGCGUUAAUAUAUAUGGUUGGCGCAAAGUUGGUGUUAAUCAUGUGCUCAUUUUCGAAUUGGAUCCACGUCAGUAUCUGACUGCAGCGCAUGUCAUGGAAAUGGCUGUCGCCUUAGCGGUACUCAUUACGAUUGCCAUGAUUGCAUUCAUACACUCGUCAUAUUUGCAUACGCCACGCUUUGUCUUCCCCUUGACGCUGCUCAUCACAAUGGUCGCACUUCUUAUAAACCCUUUACCGAUUAUGAAUUAUUCUGCACGCAAAUGGUUCUUAAAAGUCAUGGGACGCGUUAUGUGUGCCCCAUUUUUCCAUGUGGGUUUCGCUGAAUUUUGGUUGGGCGAUCAGCUGAACUCUCUCGCUUAUUGUCUGGUGGAUUAUGCAUACACGGUCUGUUUUUAUUGCACCAAUUUCGAUUUGAACAAUGCUUCUGACCCGCCUGCGUGUUUGGCGCGGAAUCAGCUACUUUUCCCUACAGUUUUGGUACUUCCUGCUUGGUUUCGUUUCGCUCAGUGUUUAAGGCGCUAUCAUGACACCCGCAAAGUUUUCCCAUUCAUCGUGAAUGCGGGCAAGUAUUCAAUGUCAUUUCUUGUGGCAUUGUUCGGUUAUCUCAUGGCUGGCACUCGCAACUCAUAUGAAUAUUUCUUUGACAACCCCUUUGUGUGGUUCUUCAUAAUAUCGAACGUCAUGCAAACUGUUUAUACUCUCGUUUGGGAUAUGAUUAUGGAUUUUGGUGUGUUCAAGAAAUUUAGUGGAGAAAAUAUUUUUCUGCGUGAUCAAAUACUUUAUCCGGCGGGCUUCUAUUACUUUGCCAUAAUUGAGAACUUUUUUUCUCGCAUAUUUUGGGCUCUUAAGCUGUACAUAUAUCAGCAGGGCUAUAUGACUGUUUUCCAUAGCAAUUCAAUAGCCAGUGGACUGGAAAUGUUUAGACGUUAUGUCUGGAAUUACUUCCGUUUGGAGAAUGAACAUCUUUUUAAUGCCGGAAAAUUUCGUGCUGUGCGCGAUAUAUUCGUAGCGCCAAUUGAUCCAGACGAUGAAAUCCAAUUGCAACGCAUAAUGGAUGAGCUCGAUGGCACAACCAAUCGAUCUUCAGCUGAAAAUGGUAAUGCCAUUGAUAUGAAGGAGGAUUAA